CCACUUGCUUUAUGAUUCUAUGGAAUGCAUCUGAUCACCGUAAUGCCCGGGUUGCAACUUAUUCGAGGCUUAUCUUGCGUUCCCGCAGCGGAUAAUAUGUCAACGCAAGCCACCAGGAUCGUCGACGUAUGGACGGAGUCGGCGGCGUACAAUGAUGUAUAUAUCAUUACCUCAUGCCAGCCUAACGCGAUAAUCUCUAUUCAGAUACUGCCCUCCUCCCAGCCGUCUUCUGCUACAGUAUUUUACAUGCAGCAUACACUGGUAUUAUCUUCUUAGAGGUUGCGACCAUGGCAAGUAUUUUGAAAGGCUUCACCGCCUUGGUUACGUUGUUGGCGCCAAUCAGUAUUGCGCAAUUCGUCGCUGCGCCAACGGAUCUGAUAGCCAAAGAAGGCUAUGCUGGCAUCACUGUGAGGUACAAGGAAGUGCCGACUGGAAUCUGUGAGCUCGACCCGAAUGUGAAGAGUUUUUCUGGUUAUGCAGAUGUGGCGGAAAACGAACACAUCUUCUGGUGGUUCUUUGAAUCAAGAAACCAGGAUCCUACCGAGGCUCCUCUGACUGUCUGGAUCAAUGGAGGUCCUGGAUCGUCUUCGAUGAUAGGACUGUUUCAGGAAUUGGGACCAUGUGGAGUUGACAUCAACGGUGAACCCUUCAACAAUCCUUAUUCAUGGUCGAACGUGAGCAAUAUGCUUUUCAUCGACCAGCCUACCACGGUUGGUAUGUCAUAUUCAAUUCCCAUCCCCGCGUACGAAGACAGUAAUGGCAAUAUUGUUCAGCUGCCAAACGCAUCCUGUCCAGAUUAUGCUCAGCAAUACGACAGUUGUGGAACAUACUCGAAGCCUGACAUUACUCUGGUCCCGAACAAUACCCUGGGCGCGGCGCCAAACAUGUGGAAAACACUACAGGGUUUUAUGGGCGCAUUUCCUCAAUACUCGAGAAGCGGUUUCAGCUUCACCACUGAAAGUUAUGGUGGCCACUACGGUCCAGUAUUUAACGAGUACUUCCUUGAACAAAAUGCCAAAAACAUUUCAGGCGCGCACAAAAUUGAGCUUGAGAAUGUUUUGAUUGGAAAUGGCUGGUUUGACCCCUUGAUCCAGUAUCAGGCUUACUACAACUUUUCCGUUUACCCAGGCAACACGUAUGAUUACGACCCGUACACAGACGUACAGAAAGCCGAGUGGUUCAACAACAUUUAUGGCGAAGGAAACUGUGUCGACAAGACAUUACAGUGCUAUGCUACUGGACGGAAUGAUGUAUGCUCGGAUGCCGACAAUUUCUGUUAUUACAACGUUGAGGCGCCAUACGACAUAUACUCUGGUCGUGAUGAGUACGACAUGAGAGAGUUGACGCCUGAUCCUUUCCCAUAUUCAUUUUAUGUGGAUUACCUCAACACCCCGAGUGUACAAGCUGCCAUUGGCGCGUAUCAAAACUUUUCGGAAGGAUCUGGCACUGUGAGCACCGCUUUCGGAAAUACUGGUGACGACGACCGCGAAUCGAAUACGAUUGAAGACGUGCAGAAACUGCUCAAAGCAGGAGUGCAGGUAAUUUUGUACUAUGGAGAUGCUGAUUACAACUGCAACUGGUUGGGCGGUCAGGUGGUUGCCAAAGAGAUCAAUGCCCCUGGUUUCGAGGAUGCCGGGUUUAUCAAUAUCACCUCUUCCGAUGGCAUUGUGCAUGGGCAAGUGAAGCAGAGCGAUCUCUUCAGCUUUGUGCGCAUCUACGAGUCUGGCCACGAAGUUCCUUUCUAUCAACCAUUGGCGUCUCUAGAGCUUUUCGAACGAGCUUUAGCACGCAAAGAUAUCGCGACAGGAACGGAGGAUGUUACCCCCGCGGGUGGCAAGUAUAAGACCGUGGGCACUGCCACCAGUGAUUAUCGUGAGGGCAACAGCACAAUCGUCGGGGAUGUACUGCCCAGCAAUUCCACCUACAAUACAGCCCUCAAUGGACCAGACCCUAUUCCGACAUGGGCGCCGGUUAUCUCAAAGAGCAAGCGAGAUCUUGAGUCGAACCUAAAAUCGAAGAGAAGUUUCAGAAAACUUGGUAGACCGAUACGCUCCAGAGGCGGUAAACGUCCCGUGUAGGAGGGUGUAGUCAUUAAGAGACAUAUGCGGCAAAACCAAUGCCGAAGAGUUUUCUCGGGGGAAGGCUUUCGAAGAAGCCCACAUGUCAGAUAGAUAUGUUCAUGAUCCUAAAUUAUUUUUUUGUUUGUCAUGUACCUGGACCGCCAAAACCUUGAAUACGGCCAAGACCCCUUAAUAAGCGAGCUGGGCUGCUAUGUAGUGUCCUACCCUGCUACCUAAAGGCAAUCUUCCACAAAUCGCCUCUUCGAACAUGUUGAGUCAGAUAUCCAUAAGACAUGGGCGAAUAGAAAACCAGACUCGACUCGUACCGAGUAUGCGAAAUGG